UUACAAGUUUUUGUCGUCAAAUGAGUAGGCAACUGUAACGAAUCUGUUGGGAAGAUAGGAGAACACCCCACCAACUUUAUGUGGCGGAAAUGGAGCGCGUUUGAAUGUGACAGCAUCACACCACUUCUGAUCAUUACCCGUGACACAUUUUGACUUCAGAGCUGGUUCCUGCAGUACUUCAGGACAAUGACGGCCAUCAAUGCUCCACAGGACAAGUAUAAUGCGGUGUGGAUAAUUUUCUUCAUCCUUGGCUUGGGAACCCUCCUGCCAUGGAACUUCUUCAUGACUGCAACCAUGUACUUCACCAGCCGACUGAAGGACCCGGCCAUCGAAGGCUCAGUGAAUCUGACGGCCAACGCCACGGUAGUGGAGGCAGACACGAGGAAUGUCCUGGAGUCCAAGUUCAACAAUGUGAUGACCCUGUGUGCCAUGGUGCCCCUGCUCAUCUUCACCUGCCUUAACUCCUUCAUCCACCAGAGGAUCCCUCAGAAUUUCCGUAUCGCCGGCUCCCUGUCUGUGAUCCUGUUGGUGUUCCUGUUGACGGCGGUGCUGGUCAAAGUGGACAUGAGCCCUCUCCCCUUCUUCUGUCUCACCAUGAUCAAAAUUAUCUGCAUCAAUUCGUUUGGGGCAGUGCUGCAGGGCAGUUUGUUUGGUCUGGCUGGGAUGCUGCCGGCCUCCUACACUGCACCUAUCAUGAGUGGACAGGGCCUCGCCGGGACCUUCGCUGCCUUCUCUAUGAUCUGUGCCCUGGCCAGUGGCUCGGCCAUACAGGACAGUGCCUUUGGCUACUUCAUCACAGCGUGCGUGGUCGUCUUCCUGGCCAUCUUGUCCUACUUCGCUCUGCCCAGAAUGGACUUUUUCCAGUACUACCUGGAAAGUAAUGGAUCCAGGCCAGCCGGCAGAGAUGAAGAGAACAAGAUGGACCUUUUGGAAAAAGACAGCCCAGCACAGAAGAGGCCGGUGGUCAGUCUGACAGAGGAGGAAACCAGGUCCAACAUAUCUGUGUUUGCCAUCUUUAAACGGAUCUGGGUAAUGGCCCUUUCUGUGUGCUUCGUGUUCACCAUCACCAUCGGAACAUUCCCUGCAGUCACAGUUGACGUCAGGUCCACCGUGGCCGAUGGGGGAGCCUGGGAUAAAUACUUCAUCCCUGUGUCGUGUUUCCUGCUCUUCAAUGUGAUGGACUGGGCAGGCAGAAGUCUGACGGCCGUGUGUAUGUGGCCCGGUAAGGACAGCAUCAUCCUGCCAGUCAUGGUGGGUCUCCGUGUGGUCUUCGUGCCUCUCUUCAUGCUGUGUAACGUCCAGCCCAGGAACUACCUGCCCGUGCCGUUCGCCCACGAUGCCUGGUACAUCCUCUUCAUGAUCUUCUUCUCCUUCAGCAACGGAUACCUGGCCAGCCUCUGCAUGUGCUUCGGACCAAAGAAAGUGGCACAACAUGAAGCGGAGACAGCCGGCGCCAUCAUGGCGUUCUUCCUGUCUCUGGGUUUGGCUCUGGGAGCAGCCCUGUCCUUCGUCUUCAGAAUCAUUAUCUAGACCCAAAACACCCCUGAACACUUUCUUCUAACCAACCUGCCGUGGAGGAAGUGAUGGGGGUUGGAGGAGGUGGUGAACUUUUCUGUUAAUUGAUUUGUUCUUCUCACACGGGAGCAACGCUAGUACACUCAGAAGCAGCCAGCCUCCGAGAGUCUGUGCUUCCCCUCCUGCCACUGACUGAUGAUACUCUUUCAUUAUGAAAGAAUGCAAAGUUCAUCUUUUAUUUUUAUUUUUUUAUUUCACCUUUAUUUAACCAGGUAGGCUAGUUGAGAACAAGUUCUCAUUUGCAACUGCGACCUGGCCAAGAUAAAGCAUAGCAGUGUGAACAGACAACACAGAGUUACACAUGGAGUAAACAAUUAACAAGUCAAUAACACAGUAGAAAAAAAUGGGCAGUCUAUAUACAAUGUGUGCAAAAGGCAUGAGGAGGUAGGCGAAUAAUACAAUUUUGCAGUUCAGCUGCCUAUGUUACUGCUCUCAUAUCUUGUUCUAGUUGCCAACAUCUAUAAUGUCUCUCUCAUCCUCCAAGGACCAUGGUGGAAGACAGGAGUUCUCUCCACUCAAGGGAUUAUUUCAGUUUAUUGAUCAAAAUGCCGCUAUGAGCCGUGUAUAUUUAUAUGGAUUGUGAAACUACCUGGAUUCUUAUGUCUUGGUGUGUGUUAUCAUUGAAUUGUAUAGGCAUUCUAAAUCUCAAUGGAGUUUUACCAGCCUACGUCAGUGUGUAAAUGCUCAUUGUGGUAUAGCCUUGCCAUGUAAAAGUAUUUUAUAGUAUUUGAAUAUCUUUACCACAGUGACAUAUGUAGCUAUUAAUUACAUGUUGUGCUAGUGAACGGUGAGGGUAGGAGAGUUUGUAAAACUCACCUCAUUUGUUCUGCCAGUUUGCCAUUUUUGGGUUUUUUAUUAUCAAAACAUUUUGUAUCAGAUCUAGUUCUGAGUGCUCUAUUUUAAAACCGGAUUGGCACAAGUUAAAUUUGCCUGGUUCGUCUCAAUCAGGUUGUUUUUAUGAAUAAAAAUAAAUUAAAUGCACGUGCCGAGGGCUUUAAAGUACGACAAAAUAUUUUGCUGUGCAACCUUUUUAAUUUGGGCGCACCAGUGCAACAAACGUGUGUGUGUGUGUGUUCAUAAAAUGAAUAAGGCUUUUCUCUGUUUCCCAAGCGCAUAAUCUCGUUAGCGUCAUGCUUGCACCAUUACUACAGCGAAAACGGCUUGUUUCUAGCCCAAACAGUUCGAAAGAUCUUUGGCCCAUAUUACUGGUGGAAAGUUUUUUUUAAAUCUUCCUGUAAAGGAUUGGGGGACAGGCGCAUUUUACAUUCAUAAACCGUUCUAAAACUCUGAGGGCCGUGUACCAUUUGUUUUACACCUUGUUCAGUCAUGGUUGUUACCCCAUUAGCUAGCUAGCUAGCCAACAACCUGGUAACUUUACCAGUAUAGCCAAACAUUUGGGGGCACCGAAAGAAAAGGAUAGCUUUUUCAGGAGUUCAAUGAUCAUAGCAAAGAAUAAAUGGCCGAUUUCUUACACCUCAUCACAAACUUGACGUUUCUAAAGAGACCUUGAAAAAUGUAAUGUAAUUCAUCUCAAUAGGAAAAUGGUGCUUUUACAUAAUGUAGAAGCCUCUUUCCACAAUUGACUUUAACAUUUCAAUGAACAGAUGUAUUUAUAGGGUUACAUACUGAGCACAAGGUAGCCUAGCUGUUUAGAUCGUUCGGCCGUAACCAAGGUUGCUAGUUCGAGUCCCUGAGAAAGUGAAAUCUGUCAGUGCCCUUAAGCAAGGCACUUAACCCCAAUUGCUCAUUUAAGUCACUCUGGAUAAGAGCUUUGCUAAAUUAAAGGUCAAUGUGCUUCAGACUUAGCAAGAAUUCAUGUUGGCUAGAUCUCAAAGUAUAUAUAAAAACGUUCUGGUGCUCCAGUGGUACUGAUGAAUGUUAUUUUAGAGCCCUGAAUGUGCCUGUUACAUUUUAAAGUUGUAAUUGACUUAUUUUUAUGACCCAUUCUCCAAUAUGCAUCCUAUUAACAGCCAUUUGCAUCCCAACGUCUUCUCAUCCUGAUUGGAAUGAAAGUCUGUUCCAAAAAGUUAUUGGACACUACAAAAUGAAGCAGUCCUGUAAAAAAAAAAAAAGGGUAUUUUUAAGACUCUCUACCUGCACUGAAAUGUAAAAUGAUUGAAGUUUCAAAAACAGAUCUAACCACAUGUGUAGCAUUUGUGAAUACAUGAAAAUAUUGCAUUGCAACAAGUGUUUGACUUCUUUAAAGCUUUGUUAUAUAAAAUUGUCCAGUCUGCUGAA